AUGGCUAUUAAACUGUACAUGAGUAAAGCUUUUGACAUGAUCGAAUGGUCAUUCUUGAAUGGUUACUUCAAUUGCCUUGGUUUCAAUGAUGUUUUUUCUAACUUGAUAAUGCAGUGUGUUUCCACAAUAACCACUUCAAUCAUGCUUAAUGGUUCUCCAGGUAGUGUUUUCCAUCCUAGCAGAGGUUUGAGACAAGGUGAUCCCUUGUCUCCAUACCUCUUUAUUAUUUGUAUGGAUGUUCUCAGUAGAGCUAUUACCCAAGCUGAAAAUAAUAAUCUUAUUAAAGGUAUUAAGAUUGCUAAAAACAAUCCGUCUUGUCCUUCCGUAUCUCAUCUAUUUUUUGCAGAUGAUAUUCUGAUUUUCACCAAAGCCGAUCCUAAGGAGGAUGAAGAUGCUUUUUGGUACCAAAUCUUAAAGUUCAAAUAUUUUCCUACCUAUAAUCCCCUCUCUGAUGAGCGGAAUGUGAUUUCUUCGAUGGUUGGUUUUCCCUGGAAAAGGUUUUGGAAUGUCCAACUACCUCCGAAAGUUUUACACUUUUUGUGGAGAUGUAUUCAAGACUGUUUACCUACUAGAGAUAAGAUUGUCAAAUAUGUUCAAGAUAUUGAUGCAAUUUGUCCUCUGUGUGGUAUUGAAAACGAGCCUAUGCAACAUCUAUUAGUUGACUGUUCGGUGGUUCAUAGAAUUUGGUUUGCACUCAAUCAUUCUAUUACAGGAAAAACUGAGAGCAAUAAGUUGUACUCUUUGGUACAUUGGAAGACUAGAUGUUGCAUAGUGUUUGAUAAAAUGCAGUUCAGGCCAACUGAAUUCAUUGUUUCUGUUAAAAACUUUAUCACAAAAGUAGAAAAUGCAGCUAUAUCUAAAAUAUCUGCGAUGAUUGACACUGAAACAACUACUGCAACUUGGAACCCUCCAACUGAUCCCGGUCAAUUCAUUGGAGCCAAAGGGAUGCAAUCCUCCGGGUCAGAUGAGGAACAAGGAGAAGCAAUCGCUGCGUUAGAGGCUAUAAAGUGGGCUCUUCAGAAAGGAAUUCAAGACUUGCACCUGGAAGGAGAUAAUUUGAAUGUCAUUGAAUCAAUAAAUGGUGCUUUAGGGAGAAUAAACUGGAGAACAAAUAGUGUAAUCCAGGAUUGUCGUAGUUUACUUAGCGGUUUUGUCAACUGGAUGUGCACUCAUGUUAAACGAGAUGCUAAUGGUGUCGCUGAUAAAAUUGCAAAAAAUACAAGAACUCAGUCAAUGGAUGUAUGGUACACUAAUGCUCCAUAA